AUGGCCGAAUUAAGAAAAGCCACUCUCUGUAUCCUUGGCUGCGGCAACCUGGGAAUUGCCAUCCUGGACAGCCUGAUCAAAGCAAUAAGCUCCAAUGAACACAAAGAUAACCUCCUCUUUGACCGGGUCAUCGCCUGCGUGCGUAGCGAAAGAUCUGAAAAACGACUGAAGGAGCGAUAUCCUGCAGCGUUUGACCACUUGAUGAUCUCCCGCGACAGCAACGUCAACGCCGUGGAACUGUCCCAAGUCAUUAUUUUGGCCGUUGAUCCCGCAGACAUUGAGCAGACCUUAGCACAGCCAGGUCUCCGCGAAGUCCUGGUCAACAAGCUACUGAUCAGCGUCGCAGCUGGAUGGACACGGAAGGGCUUGGAAAACGCCCUCUAUGGCAGCGACACAACGCUGGAAAACAACAAGGGCCGAGCGUGGGUUGUGCGCACACUACCUAACAUCGCCGCUCAGGUCGCUCAGUCCUUCACAGCCAUCGAGGUCUCGGAGCCGGCCGUGCCUGCUCCAUACAUGGAGGUCGUAGAUGGCAUUUUCAAACAAAUUGGACAGAUAGCGCACAUUCCACCCCGGUUGAUGGACGCUUCCUCCGCGGUGGCGGGGUCAACUCCUGCUUUCUUUGCUGUCAUCGCAGAUGCACUGAUCGAUGCGGCGGUGGCGGUCGGCAUGCCGAGACACCUGGCCCAGGCGAUGAUCUUUCAGUCAAUGCAGGGAACAGCCAGUAUCCUCCAAAGUGGAGUGCACCAGGCGAUCCUACGAGACCAGGGCACAGCACCGGAAGGGUGCACAAUCGCCGGGUUGAUGGUAAUGGAAGAAGGAGCUGUGCGAGGGCAUGUUGGGCGCGCGUUGCGAGAAGCUGUCACAGUUGCUCGUCAGAUGGAUGGAACUCGUCACGUUAACGACACCAGGCAAUAG